CUAUCUUGUCAGAAAGUCAGACGCUGUACAAGACAAUAUGUCAGACUCUAACUCUUUUGUUCAACUUCUAGGAUCACGGGCCUGUGCUGAAUUCAGAAAGACAAGGAAUGACUGACAGGACUCCGUUAUCACCGUAACCUGCGUUCCCUCGGCUUCCAAGUACCAAGUCGACGGCAGCGAAGUACAUAGGCAUUCCAGACCUGUCGGUUCCAGCAUUACUUUUCUUGAUGGCCGAGCCCGCCCAGACUCUCGCUAGCACUUAAGUACAGCACUUCGUGCUGUCCUUCAUUCAGUACUAACAUGCACAAUGAACCUCAAACGUCCUCGGAAGAAAAUGCGAACAACCACACGCUACCCUUCCUCAUGAUCCUCGUCGCCUUUGGUAUACUUUCUAGUGUACUGUGCUGUAUUUCGAGGUGGAGGCGCCCAUUUUUCAGUGUCCAGAAUACGAUGCCACCGCUCGAUAGAGGAACCCAUCUGCUUGGACGCGAUCCAGAGAAGCCGGCGAUUUUCGAUCUAUGGACUGUCACUUGCAAGGAUAAAGUCUUUGCAUCCGAUGAUAUCAUGCCUCUUUCUGUUUUGUAUUGGAAGGACGAAAACGCACCAUCCUCCGCUCCUCUCCCGACUCCUAGUCCCUUCGGUUCGGAGGGUGAAUACUCUUCACAUAUGGUUCAAAUCGUCGCUCGCAUCGCGAUGCCUACACCUGGUUUGAACGACGUCAAAAACAAUCUGGGGGAUCGAGGUGAAUAUGUACUUGGGAUAUCGAAUUCUCGGAUCCAGCGGUAAUGAAAGGCCCUUUAUAACUUAUGCUCUUGGUUGCUGGUGUACCGGUAUCAAGGAUGGUGCUGUGAGGGAUGUUUAUCAGAACCUGAUAUUCAAUGGUUCUACUACCCCA